AUGGCCAAAAUGAAGAACAAUAGUAAUCUUAAUGUGACAUUCUGCAAAAGAAAAAGUGGGCUUUUCAAGAAAUUCAGCGAGCUUAUCACACUAUGUGGGGCUGAAGUUUUACUUUUAGUAUUUUCACCAACAAACAGAGUGUUCUCCUACGGUCAUCCCAGUGUAGAUGAAAUAGUUGGGCGAUUAUUUGGUUCAUCCUCUCCGACGGGGCUUUCCUGUGACACUCAACAAAUGAUUGAAUCUUAUCGGUCAUCAAACAUUAGGGAACUAAAUGCUAAUGUGAUGCAGGUUGAGGAAUUGAUGAAGGUUGAGGAGCAGCAUGCGAAGCAGAUAGAUCACGACAAGAAAGUUGGUUGA